AUGCCUUCACCAGUUCAGUUUCAAAGAUACAACACUAACAACACCGAAAUGGUCACCGUUAAUGCAAUUGCUAACGGCGUCAACUGUCCAAAACAAGGUCGUUAUGUUUUAACGGCUUUAAAACUAACCGUACCAGAAACGGUUACGAACCACCACAACGCGCAUAUCGUGGAACCAAACCAGUGCUAUUCCGUUGUGAUCCAAACGAUCAACGCCUCCGUUUCAACCGUUUGGUCCGUGGUUCGACGAUUCGACAAUCCGCAAGGAUACAAGCACUUUGUGAAAAGCUGUAACGUGGUCGCCGGUGACGGCAUUCGCGUCGGCGCUUUACGUGAGGUUCGAUUGGUUUCUGGACUUCCCGCGGUGUCGAGUACAGAGAGGCUAGAUAUACUUGAUGAAGAACGGCAUGUUAUCAGUUUCAGUGUUGUUGGUGGAAUUCAUAGGCUGAGGAAUUACCGAUCGGUGACGACGCUGCACGGUGACGGUAACGGAGGGACGGUGGUUAUUGAAUCGUAUGUCGUUGAUGUACCGCAUGGGAACACGAAGGAAGAGACGUGUAGUUUUGUUGAUACGAUUGUACGGUGUAAUUUGCAGUCGUUGGCUCAGAUCGCAGAGAAACUCUGA